CUUUUGGUCCAGUUCACAGAAAGUGCCACGACUCUGCAGCCUGACAGACUUCGCUGAGGUGAGAAAAGCUCUGAUUCUGCUUUAAAAGUUUGUAUUUCUCUUCUGAUGAAACAAAAACCUUAAAAUGAAGAACCAACGACAGAGUGAAGCUGAGAUGGUAGAUAGUUUGUGAAAGUGUUUUAAUUUUAAUUCAGAAAAGAUUUAUCUGCGUAUGUUAUUUUUUAAGCCUGGACCGUGAUUUUUUUAAUUAAAAAAAUACAGUAAAAACAAAAAAACAAACAAAAAAAACCACAACAACAACAACAACAAAAAAACGUCUCUUUGCUGUUUUCUUCCCCUCGUUUAAACUUGUAUGAAUGUUCGGAUGGAAGCAUCAAUGUUUUAGCAGACAGAUGUUACAUGAACAAACCCUCUGCUGCAGCUGCAUGAGAAAUACAUCGGAAUGACCACAAAACUGCAAAAGUUUGACAUAAAGAUAUAAUCGGUGUUUAACACAAAGCUGCACACGAAGCUAUCCGUGUUUAUCACGCGUUUUCUUAUUUUAGGUUUUAAGUUAAUUUUAACGUAAAGUUCUGAAUCUGAGGUUCCCUUAAGAAACCAAACUAAGUUGCAUAAGUCUCUCUCUCUCUCUCUCUCUCUGUGUGUGUGUGUGUGUGUAUGUGUGCGUGUGUGUGUUCAUAGUACAAAGGGUUAAUUGUGGACUCAGACACGUCAGUCCUGCAGCCCCUCUCUCUGUGUACUCUGUUAAAUACAUUCAGGAUAUAUAUCAUCAUGACUAAUAUUUGUCUAUGUAAAUAAAAUUUCUGCUGUUAUUAUUCUGAAUGUCUACACAGGCCGAAAAAGAGAGCAAUAUUGAUUUUAAACUACUGAUUUUGGCAUUUCAAAGUACUGGGAACAAAAUGUACUUGUUGACAAAAGUACCAAAAACUCAACUUGUUAUGCAGCACCUUAAUGUUUUAUGUAAUUAUCCUUAUCAGAGAUCAAUUAAAACGCUUUAAUUGUUUUGUAAUGCUGCCUAGUGGCAAGGGUUUUUUCUGAACACUAUAAAAACUUUGGAGCAUUUUAAAUCUGACUUGUGAAAGAUCCACAUCUGUUACUUAAACACAGAGGUAUAAAGUACAACAUGUUCCUCAGAGGCUGAGUAAGUAACAACAUACUCCUCUAAAGUCCACCCACCAUUCCCAACAAGUCAAAAUGCUGAGUGAGAUAUGGAUGUAAAUAGAAUCCAACAGUUUUAAAAUAAUUUACAGUUUACUUUUAUCCUAAAAUAGAGCGGGACAACAUAACAGAUAACAAAACUAAAAAAUUUCAGCUGCUCAAAAGUUAAGGGUCUUUUUUUUGUCUUAUUUUGACGUCAUAAUGCUCCUAUUAUUUUCAGUGGGGGACAAGUCAGGGCUGCUGGCAGGCCAGUUUGUCGACAGGACUCUCCUACUACAGAACCAUGCUAUAGUACUACCUGCAAAAUAUGGUUUGGUUUAAGCCAGGUGGUUCCUCUGCUUUAUAAAGCAGGGGAGAUAGCACCCACAAUUUCCAAAGACAGUCAGAUUUUGUCACUGACCCUCUAUACAGGUAUUACACAGCAACCAUGGUUUCUGAAAAGAAUGUCAAAUUUUGUUUAAUCUGACCACAGGACAGUUUUUUCUCUUCCCUUCAGUCAAUUUUUAAUGGGUUCAGGUCCAGAGUGGUCUCUGGUGUUUCUGGAUAUAUGGUAGAAACAAACAAAAGUGGUGAUCUGACGCUCUGAAUCUUUUCUAGUCAGUGAAGCUCUUGAUCUGUCCAUGUGUGACCUUUGACCUCAAGUCAGUGAUGGGAUGGUGAACAAUCACCAAGAAAGAUCAAUAAGUUCAUCAAAGCCUGAUUUGUUCUAUUAUUUUGUCAUCAGUGAAGGUUUAAACUCCACCUCUGCCUCUGGAUAUUUGUUGGGGAAUUUGCACUUUUUCAGUUUAUGUCAGUGUGUCAGUGCCUGCAGUGCUACACUGGGGUCAUACAUAUAUCUCUUUAGGUGUCACACAUGAUCUGGAAAGAUGUGCUGUGAUCAGUGUCUUAACGGUUUGUCCUUUGAGGAGCACUAAGUGGAUCAGCACAGUCAGACAUGUAGCUGCAGAAAUAUUUAGGUCAUAAUCUGUAAACCUGGUCUCUGGUGUUGGGAAAAGAUUUAGCUUGUCCUCGUGCUAUGAACUAAAUAUUUGUAUAUUUGUCCAUAUUUGUCCUCCAGCUGCCUGUGGGACACUCUGGUCAGUCAUGGACGUCUCCGACCCGCAGAUACUUGGCAUCAUGGUCUUUGGAGGCUUCAUGAUCAUCUCAGCAGUGGGCAUCGCCCUUGUCUCCACUCUCUCAAUGAAGGAGACGUCCUACGAGGAGGCGCUAGCCAAACAGCGCCGCCUGCUGGUUCAAACUCAGACCCAGAGGUCAGAGAAGAAAAAGAAGGACAAGAACCUGGAGAGAAAGAGCAAGGCCAAGAAGAAGGAAGACCGGUCUGAGGGGAAGAUCUCUGAACCAAGUAGCGAGGUCUGUGAGGAACCCGAGGUAGUGACCUGUACCGAACCAGAAUCUGAUCCUGUAGCUGCACCUGAAUCUGAACCUGUACCUGAACCACAAUCAGAACCAGGACAGGAGCCAGAACCAGAACCCAUCGUAGUUACCACUAUGGAGUCUUCUCCAGCCCCCCAGCAAAAGGAAAAGAAGAAGAAGAAGUCAGCCAAGGUGGAGCCAGCUGCUGCAGUGGAAGUCAUUGCAAAAGAGGUUCUGGUGAUGGCAACGGUGCCUUUGGUAGAAGUUCCUCCAGUAAACGCUAUCCCUGAAGUCACCAAAGAACCACCAGCUGCCAAGACAGAGGAAUCCAAAGAGACCCUGGGCAAGAAGAAGAAGUCCAAGAACAAACCUGAGCCAGGUGAGUAAACCCAGAGAUGAGGGAGACCGUUUGAGGUAUUUGGCUUUCAUGUUGACCUCAGAAUCCUGUUUUUGUUGGGCUUUAAAUCCUGUUUUUCUUUAAGUUGCAGACUCUGUUGAUGCCACCCGGCUGCCCCCAUCUAACGAGCUGCUGUCCACUGUGUCUGCCAUGACACUCAAUGGUGAUGAGCUGCAGAAACUCCUGGAGGUCCUAAACCAGAAGGCCGGGACCUGCCAAGAAUCCUGGCAACUGGUACGUAAACACAGUCACAUGAACUCAUUUCAGCAGCAAACUGUUUUAAAAUGUUGAUAGAGGAAUAACCAAACAGGUAAGAAGUUCUAAGGAGAACAACCCAACAUGUAAAAGGAUAAAAGAUUUAUCCAGAAACACCAGAGACCUCUCUGGACCUGAGCUCAUUCAAGGUGGAAAACCAUCCUAUGGGCUGAUGAAUCAAAAUCUGACAUUCUUAUUGGCAGCAGUAUCCUCCACUCAAAAGAGUAAAAGAACCACCCAGCUUGUUAUCAGCUCACAGCUUUGAUAUAGCCCAUGUCUCUCUGGAUGACUCAGUUCAGUCUUUGACUUCAGGCCUGUCAGAAAGGAGACCCCCUGUCCACUCUGAAGAAACAGCUGGAGGAGAAAGAGAAGCAGCUGAUCACUGAGCAGGAGGAUGCUGCCACUGCCAAAAACCGCCUCAGAGAGAUGAGCAAGGUGAGCCAGGUGUCAUCAAGGUCAUCAAUAAUGUGAUCUUUAAUGGUUUGUCCUUUUGCUCUGUUGGUUUGAGGCAUUGCUGACACCAAAAAAUACAUUAAACUCUUAAUAAGACAGUCAAACUCAUGCUGACUGUGCUUCCCUCUAAAGCAAAUUGAAGCAGAGAAAUCCAAGAUGGCAUCUUUGGAGGCCAGGUCGAAGGCUGAGCUGAGUGCCCAGGUUCAGGAGGUCGACACUCUUCGGAUCAAAAUGGAGACAACUGACCAAGAACACCUGAAACUUACCCAGCAGCUCAACCAGAAGGUACAGGUGUACAGUCCUAACUCAGCGAGGGAAGUCAUCAGAUUUCUGAUUGAGACUUUAAAUCAGGCAUGUCCAAACUAUUCCACAAAGGGCCGGUGUGGCUGCAGGUUUUUCUUCCAACCAAGCAGCAGCACACCAAACUUGAUUCAUUUCAUCAGCUGAUCUCAGUCUUCAGACAGCUGAUUGGUCAGACUGUGUGCUCUUGAUUGGUUGGAAGAAAAACCUGCAGCCACACCAGCCCUUUGUGAAAUAGUUUGGACAUGCCUGCUUUAAAUCAUGUGAUGUUCGUGUUGGUUUACGAGACCUAUUCAGAGACCUAUUUGCUAACCGUCCUUUAAACCUGAAAUCAGAUCGGGAGUCUGCAGGAACAGCUUGAUAAUGGUCCUAAUGCUCAGCUGGCCCGACUACAGCAGGAGAACUCCAUCCUCCGAGACGCCCUGAAUCAGGCAACCAGUCAAGCUGAGAGCAGGUAACUUAACCCUAAACCCCUGACCCUGAACCAGGAGACCAGCCAGGCAGGUGGAAGGCAACCCAGCGGAAAGUCCCCAAAUUUUGGGCUGAAUGCCUAAAGCCCUACCAGCACAUUUGGCCUUAAACUCUUGACCCUUGGGGUGGACCGAUUCUCUAUGAAUCUAGAGGGACUUAAUCGGAGCCCUUCAGAUUAGUGGCAUCUAGUUACUGUACACCUGUGUUGUCAAGAGGCACUCUUACCUGGUCAGGUCAGGGUCCUGACAUGACUCUAUCUGCAGUAAACUGGUUUCAGGAUAAUCCUUCAGAUAAACAGAUUCUGUCUCAUCCAGUGAAACAACAAAAAAUUGAAAAAGCUGCACAUCAACAGACUCUGACAUUCUUAUUAGGUCAUUCUUAUAGCUGUGCUCUCUCAGACCCACACCUGUCUUGUUGUUUCUGGUGAACCAAACUGAAGAUUUAAUUGUUGCUGUGUUGAAGUAGUCUGAAUAGUUGUAUGUUCAAAACGUUCUGCAGGCAGAAUGCAGAGCUGGCCCGUCUCAGGCAGGACUGCGUCCGUCUGGGUCGAGAGGUAACUGAGCGCUCCAACGCUCUGAGAGCUGAUGAAGAGCUCAUCAAGAACCUGGAGGCCAAGAUGGCUGCUGCCGAGCAAGAACUGGCCAAAGCUCAGGUUGGAACUAAAUGUCGCAAAGCUCAAAAGCUGCAGCAUGAGGCUCACAAGUGUGAUUUCUUUUCAUAGAGGGUGUAGAAAGAUCCGCUCUGAGGGUGGCUUUGCUGUUAGAAGACAGAACCUAAGUGUCUUCUCCUCUUUGCAGCUGGUCCAUGCAGAUAUUGAGCAUACUCUGCAGCAGAGACUGGAGGAAGUGUGUUCACAGCUCCAAGUUUCACAGCAGGAAGCUGCUGCUGUUAGUGGUAAGUGUAUCGGUCAGUAGUUAGCCAAUUGAACCGCAACAUAUUUUAUGAAUUUCAAAAACUGGAAAUUUAGAAUAAAAAAUGCUGCACCAAAACCUGCUUUGUACACUCAGUUCUAAAAAUUGAAGUCUGCGCAUCCUAAAGCCAAUGUAGUAAUUUUAUUUAAAUAAAAUUCAAGGUCCUCGCCAGGAAAUCUUGAGCAUCAAACCACAAACUAAUGCCUCGAAAUAUCCUCCCCAGGUGUAAAUGCAGUAUUUACAUUACUAAUGAAUAGCAGCAUUUUACAAUAUCACGCUAACACGCUGUAACCAAGAAGUGAGGGGGAUGGGGGUGAGGGUGGUAAAUAAAAGGACCAUGCUGCUUUUUUCAAAUCUGCUUUUUGCUGCUCAGAUCUGCAAGGGGCACUGGCAUCCAAAGAGACUGAGCUGCAGGAGCUCAAGGCCCAACUGGAGAGCCAGGCUGUGGUCCAGGUAAGAGGAACACCUUAAUGAUACCAGACUUAUCUAACCUCUGUGUGGAGAUUGUGUUAGAGUGCUCCGAUUGAAUGAGGUUAGAUAUAAACAUGGCUGACCAAAACAACAGAAAUGUUUGCUUACAUGACUAGCAAAAGAUGGAUGUGAAUCUGAUUCACCUGUGUGUCUGCAGGUGAACGAGUCAUCUGAAGUGGAGCAGCUGAGGACCAUGUACGAGUCUUUCUUGCCUCUUGUUUCAUACAGAAUAACUGUGUUUGUGUGUCCAACUUUGACAUGACCUCCUGUGUCACUUCCUGUCAGUGUUCAGUGCAGAGGUGAGCAGGUGGUCUCUCUGGAGGCAGAGCUUACUCAGCUGAAGGAGGAGUUACAGAUGUUGACAUCAUCACAGUCAGAGAGGUAAGAAAUAAAAUACACAACGGGCUCUAUUAAUCCAGGUGUGCCUGAUCAUUGUGACUAUUCAGACACACCUGGAUUAAUCAGUUUGUCCAAUAAUGUAAGAGAGGAAAUAAAGAAGCUGUCUUAAGUUCAGGAAGUAGUGGAGCCCUGCAAAGAGCCCAUUGAAUUAGGCUAAGGUUUGUUCCCUCUAUAGCAGCAGCGUAUGGUGGACAUUAGAGGAACUUUGGCUCUCAAACGUCUUUUAUUGUACAGACAAAAUAAAUAUUUAAAGUGAAAGCUUUGUUUGUUAACUGUUUUUAAUGUUUGCUUGUAUACUGUUUUGUUUGUUUAUAUGUGUUUACUCAGGGAGAAGGAUGGUGGAGAGGGAGCAGCAGCAGUAGAUCAAACACAGAAAGAGGUACAUUGAAAAAAAUCAGGUUUAAGUCAAAGAUGGCCACACAGCCAUUACAGAGAUUUUAACUUUUGAUUAUGAAGUCAUAUUUUCCUUAUUUUUACAUUUUUAUGAAUCAGUCACAGCCCUGUGAGUCCCUCUACUCAGUCUCUGAAAUGUUAGUGUCAUGUACGUUUCAUUAAUUAAUGAAUAUUUCAUGUUUAUGCAUGUUAGUGUCACACAGUCAUUCUAGAGGAAUUGGGCAUUGAACCUCAUCUGUUUUUAAGAAGAGCUGAUUUAUAUGCAGUCUGUGCUCACCUGUUUUUGUCAUCUAUUGAGUCCAUGGGGUCUUCCUUACUGUAGUGCAGACAACUGGCUGUUCUUCUGAUCUUCCUUAUAUAUGCUAUUUAACAUGCAGACGAAUAAUAGCCUCCAAUAACUACUUCUAAAAAUCAUGUUUUUCUUGCCCUGUAGAUCACCCUAUUCUCCGAAAAGGACAAUUGACACACAUAUGCUAACAAGUUUACACUAAUUAAUUACAAUUUACUUACAGAAUUAGGGCUGUAUGUCCCCAAAGUUUUUUUUUUUUUAAUUUACUUGGUUUCCUAAUGAUGUCACUGUGACAUCACAGCAUGCCGUUUCUUCUUCUCUGCAGGGGUCAGGGAGUGAGACAGAGUCUGAUCAACCCUUUGAAAGGUAAACACACCCUCUCCAUAACUGUCUCUCUGUAACAGCAUGAAUUAAUACAAGAUUCAGUUAUUUUUCUUGUUUUAGGUUAAGGUGCAACAAAAUGGAUGAUAUUGUAGGAUGUUAAAAGACUUACUACAUUUAAAAACUGAUCAAACACAUCAAAUAUUUCAGCCUAGUUUUUAUAUAGUCAGUGUUUAUGCCGUUUACCUACAGUGACAGUGUGCACAGUAAAUGCCAAUGGUUUUCAGUGGGAUGUGUGUGUUAAUGCUCAAGUGUGCCUAUGUAUUCAUGCAUCAGUCUGGAGGAAGACUCUCAGCUGCUCCGUCUGGAGGAAGAACUGCAGCAGGCUUGUUACCGCAGCAACGUGAGUAAACAACUCAUAAAAAUAAUUCACCCAGGGUAAACUCUUCGUGAUAUAUGUCUUCUUAAAAAAAAUCCUGAAAGCUUUGCCUCUCUUUAUUCUUGUUUUUCCCUCAGGAGCUGGAGGAGAAAAUGGCGGCUUCAGCAGUGGCACUCUCAGAGGCGAAGCAUCAGAACGAGCAGAAAGAGGCGGAGCUUAAAGCAGCGCUGGUCAGUAAAACUAAAAGUUUGUUGAAAUGAAACACUGAUCUGAAGGCACAUUUUAGGACAAACCAGAUAUGUGACCAUGUCUGACCAUUAAGUUAUCGCCGUUGUAAGCUUUAUAACAGUGAUAGAAACAUAGAGUGACUGAUGCUAUUAAAUUAACAUUAGCUUGGUCGCUGUGUUAAAAUGGGUGAGACUGAUGCUUGGAGUUGCAGCAGCUGGAAAGUAGGUGGGCCCAGAGUAGCUGUACGUCUGCAGCAGCGAUCCAGAGGAACCUACGGGUUGAUGGAGCUCAGGGACUCUCAAAAAAGACUUGAGUAUUCAUGACACUAAUAGGACAUGAUGACUUAAAGUAAAUGGCACAGACAGAAAGAGGAUGUAGAUGGAGGGGAGGGUGCUCAGUGUUCUUGAUUUUUAACAGACCUCUACAUCAGAUAUAUAUAAAAAAUGAUAGUUUAUCUUUGUGUGUGUGGUGUGUUUUCAGGCUGAAGCCGAGUCCAGGUUUACAUCCCUGAAUUUGGACUUCCAGGCGUCCCUGCAGACUCUGUUUCCUGGCGUCUCCAUGGAGACGGAGCAGGUCAGUCAGCUGUUUCCUGUUAGGCCUCAGUGUUUUAAAUGUAAUUGUGAAAAAAGCAGCAAGGUUGAACUCCUCUAAUAUUUAGUGGUUGUUAAAAAACAUGUUAUUAUAAUGAUCAUUUUUUAUUAUCAUUAGGGACACACAAUGUAACCUUUCAGCUAACAUCUGGCUGAUACUGAUAAACACAAACCCCUCUUUGAAUUGUGAAGAACAUCAAGUGUCUCCUCUUAUAGAGUUGACCUGUUCCUCUUUUUUUUCAGAAACAGGCAAAAAACUGUAAAGUGCUGAAUUAUAGCAUUAAAAAGAUUCAUCAUAAAGUGCAGUAGUGUAAAUUGGACACAUAUCAGUCCUUUGCUGGUGAACUGAAUGGUUAGCUUACCCAAGAAAGUGGGGUGGUGUCCAACAGGCCCAAAAUGGGCCUGAAAUACUACCACCAAUGAUUGACUUUACUAGCUGUUAUAUGCAGAUAAAUAUAAUAUUAUUUAAUUAAUUCUGUGCAGCUCUAAUUAUGUGUUUACAUUGUGUGUGUGUGUGUGUGUGUGUGUGUGUGUGUGUGUGUGUGUGUGUGUGUGUGUGUGUGUGUGUGUGUGUGUGUGUGUGUGUGUGUGUGUGUGCCCACCCUGCAGAAUAACUGGCUGGAACUUUUCACUCAGAGCAUUCAGGAAAAUAAAAGAGAAAUGGAGAGCUCAGAGGUAAAAACACUGAACUACUUUUUCUCCUCACAGACACACCUGAAGUCUCAUCAAGACUUUAAACCUUUUCAAUUUUCAAGAGAAAAAAAAACUUUAAAAUAUAGAAAAUCCUUUAAUCCCUCUCAGUCUCAGGAACUUAUGCUUUACCUGCUGCAUUAGUAAACUAUUUUGGAAACCAGCAGAAAUCCAAAUCAGACCUUUUUUCUUUGCUAAAUUUUUUUCAAAUGUCAAAGUAAAAAGUUUGUUUUUGUUAUUUAUAAAAUGGUUAUUGUGAAAUCUUUUAGACAGAGGUAAAAAAUUUAACAGGAUCUUGCCUGAAAUCUUCCUGAGUUCAAAAACUUUAAGCACUAUAGAUCUUUAAAAUUUAUAAGAUCUUUAAGAUUUAUAAGGAACUUUUUUUCAGACUCAAAUUGUGUUUUUCAAUUUGUUUUAGUUUGUAAACUUGGAAUUUGAUCAGGGUUUGGUUUCUGUUGUGGCACAUUUUUCAUGAAGAACUCAGAACUAUUGUUAGUUAUGUUCAAGGUCUCUUAUUUUAGAGCAGAUAACAGUGAAAGGAUUUGAUUAUUUUGUGUUUUUGUUGAGUUUUGCAAUAUAUAAGUUAUCACUUUUGUCAUGUAGCUGCGGUCGAGAUUGGAGGAAGCGGAGAGGAAAAGGAGCAAGCUGCAGGACGAACUUGAUCAGAAGACGAAGCUGCUGCAGGAAACAGUAACUAACAGUCUUAUUUUGCCUUCUUUUGCUCGAUCUAUAUAUCGGGUUUGUUAAAUUUUCCCACUUGUACAGUUUAGGUUAUUCUUUUCCUUGUUCUGACAGGAAGCAGAGCUUCAGGCCCUGCAGCAACGCUCUGAAGAGGAGGAAAAUAUGUGGAAGAGCAAACUGUCUGAAGCAGAGCUGCAGAAUCAAAGUGUGAGGAGCAAACAUCAGAAAAAAGUUUACAUCUGAGCAGUAUUAUCAGUCCUUUUUUACCUUUUGGAGCAGAUGUAUCAGUGUGCAAUUGCUUCUGUCUGCAGGUGAUGGAUGAGCUGAAGAUGCUGCAGGAUGAAGUUCAGACAAAGACAGAGACAGAGGACACUCAGCAGGUCUCACUCUCUAAUCUGUUAACGCUAAAUAAAUAACUGUUGAGCAUCUUUGUGCGAAUGAAGUGUGGGUUCAUUAGAUUUGUGUUAAUGAGGUUGUGUUCUGGUGUUUGUGUUUCAGCUGAAGGAGCAGCUGAUGCUGUUGGAGGCUCAGCUCGAGAAACAGCUGGAGGAGGCCAGCAUCACACAGAGCUGCAGCGAGGAGCUUGCACAGGUCUAACACACAGACAUGCACAAACACAAAUCCAAGGAUAGAACAUAGCAGUGUGAGAAACGUGUCAGACUUAUAUCUUUAAAAUGUUUUGAUUCAUAAGGAAAAACAAAUAAGUGAAAAAGCACCCUAUAUAUACUGUAGGGUCAAUCUGAGGUGGGUAGAGUGCACCUCCCGUCUAUUUCACAUAUACAGAGGAAAAGCCAUGACAGGGAGAGCAGCAUUUAACAGGUAAAGAGUACUUUUCAAGCUUGUGGUUGGAUCUCAUACAGCAUUAACAAAAUCAACUUUUGUUAAUUUGAGGCAUGAGGCAGGGAGAGCAAACCUCUCUUCUAAUUCAAGUACAUGCAAGAAAAGCAAAGGCAUGAUGAGCAGCAAAAAAUGACAGGCUCUAUUCUGAGAGCUCCCUGCCCUUCCACCUGUGUAAUGCCAAAGCCCCAGGCAGAGAGCGUAACACCAAAGAGCCCAGGGCCUGCUCUAAGAGCUGCCUGCCCUACAUUUUGUUUAUAUCAAAUGUCAAAUCCAAGUGCGGGGGGAGCACACCUCCUGGCUGUUUCACAUUCCUACAUGAAACACCAAGGUUAUAAGAGCCACAUCAAAGAAAUGUGACAAUGAAUGUGUGUGUGUGUAUGUGCGUAUCAGGCUCAGUCUCAGGUGCAGCAGAUGUGUGCACGCCUGCAGGUGGAGCAGGAGCAGCAUGAGCAGCUGCUGUCAGAGCUGCAGCAGGUCAGAGUUACAUCUGCAGCUACAAGGUUACAUCUUGAAGUCAAAGGUUAUACUGACCACAUUUCCCCUGUUUUUCAGGCUCGAGAGGAGGUGACGGAGCUGAAGCACCAGCUGGAUCUGACACCUGAAGCGCCUCCUGAGGUUUCUGUUUACAUUGAUAAAAAACUGACGCAGAUCAAACUGUCAGAGAGGAAACACAUGCUGGUUUACUCAACUCACUGUUGUCUGAUGAUUCAAAAUUUGACAUUUAGUUUGGAAAUGGUAGACACUGCAUCCUCCCCUUUAAAAUGUAGAGGGGUCACCUGGCUUGUCAUCAGUGGGUAGCUUUUACACCUGUGAACGCUCAGUUAAUGCUGAACAAUAUUACUGUUCAGCACUGACACUCAACAUCAUUCCUACAGACUGAUACUUUGGAGUUGAAUGUUAACUAUUGUUUUAAAGUGAUGUCUUGUGUUGUUUGUGCAGGACAAGCAGAAGGAGGAGGAAGUGAAGCAGGAGGAGCAGGUGGGGGAGGAACAGGUGGAAGUCAAGGAGGAGACACCUGUGUGAAAUCUACUUUAUAUUUGGGCUGUGCCAUUACUGUGGUAACAGACGGAAGUCAGAUAUGACCACACAAUGAGGGACCAAAGUUUUUUCACAGUAUUAUAAUUAUGAAAGGGAAAUUUCAGGAAAAAUAAACUAUAAAAUCUCA